UAUUUUUAUAGACUUUCUACUUCUUCAACCACUCUCUCUUUCUUUUCUUUCUUCACAUUUACAGUCCAUUCAUACUCGCCUUUUCAACCCUUUCUGAUUGGUCUAAAAAAAAAUAUCGAUAAUGAGAUUCUUUGCAGCAAUUUCAGGAAUCGCCUUGAUGAUCUCAAGUGUUGUUGGACAGUUAACUGCACCUAUGCAGAACUAUAAUGUGACAAGCCCUGUAGCAAACGGUCCCUACGUUGUCGGUCAGGUUCUACCCUGCACCAUUGUUCUUUUCGAGAAUAUCGUAUCAGAUAUUAGUCUCUCUAUUACACUUCAAUCUGCUGCUGCAGGCUCUAAUGUCUCACUGCCGGUCGCUACAUCUGUCGACACAUCCAAAACGCCUGCCAGUGCUAAGCAAAAUGGCAACGUUACUUAUUAUGAACAUUCUGUAAACUACAAUAUCCCUACCACAGUUACUCCUGGCCAGUACAAAGUUGUAUUCUUAGAUUCCAAGACUAAUACUCAUCUCGAUGUUCCUAUUAAUGUUCUUCCUGCCGCCUCUGCUUCUGUUAUCAAUUCUGCAUCCGCAACAGGCGGUGCUUCUGCUUCAUCUACUUCCUCUGGUUCUAUUUUUAAGAGUGAAGGCAAUAGUCAACUGGCUUCUACUCAACAUAAGGUUAUCACCUCCGUUGCCAUCUUUGCUGCUGCUGCUCUAUUUUGCAUGCUGUAAAAAGAGAUUGAAGCAAUUAAGUUUGAUUUGCUACUGCUGCUGCAAUCUGUUUGAUGCAUUGCUUCACGAAGGUUGAAUACAUAGUACAUGCAAUUCAAUUUUUUUUUUUCUAUCCAAUACACGUGCAUAUAAUAUUUACUCUCUUUUUUGCUGAUUUGUAUAACUGUAAUUCUUUGUCUAACCCACUUUCAACAUAAUAAUGAAUAAAGGUCCUAUAUAAGGAAAGUGUAUAAUGAAAGUUCACAAUUACUUGUCAAAAGUGAGC